AUGCUGCGGGUCCUGCUCCUCGGCGUGCUGGGCUCUGCAGCCCGGGGUCUACCCCAGCCCCAGCCGCAGCCCCACGGGAGCCAGUGCAUCGGACAAGACUGCUUUGCACUCUUCCGGGGCCCCGCGACCUUCCCCGCCGCCAGCCAGGUCUGCGAGCGCCUGCGGGGCCACCUGAUGACCGUGCGCUCCUCGGUGGCCGCGGAUGUCAUCUCCCUUCUGCUGAGCGGCGGCGGCGGCGGCGAGAGCCCGCGCCUCUGGAUCGGCCUGACGCUCCCGCCAGGCUGCAGCGACCCGGGGCACCUCGGUCCCUUGCGGGGCUUCCAGUGGGUGACGGGUGACAACAGCACCAGCUACAGCCGGUGGGCGCGGCUCCACGAGGCCCCCGCGCCCCGCUGCGGUCCGCUGUGCGUGGCCGUCUCAGAGGCCGGCGUCCCCGUCCCAGCUGAGCCGUCCUGGGAGGAGCGGCCGUGCGACACGGAGGCCGACGGCUUCCUCUGCGAGUUCCACUUCGCAGCCUCCUGCAAGCCGCUCGCCAUGGGGUCCGGGGCCCCGGCGGCCGCCAGCGUCUCCGUCCACUACAGCACCCCGUUCGGGGCCCGCGGCGCGGACUUCCAGGCGCUGCCGCUGGGCAGCUCGGCCGAGGUGGCGCCCCUUGGGGUGGAGCUGGUGUGCGAGCAGAGUUCCGGGGAGAUCGAGGGCCGCUGGGGCCGGACCGGGCCGGGCGCCUGGGACUGCGGCGUGGAGAAUGGCGGCUGCGAGCACGUGUGCAACAGGAGCGCCGCCGGCGAGGAGCCCCGCUGUCUCUGCCCCGCCGACGCCGCUCCGGAGGCCGAUGGGCGCUCCUGCACCGCCGCCUGCGAGACACUCUGCCAGCACCUAUGCCACCGCAACCCCGACGUGCCCGGCGGCUACUCGUGCAUGUGCGACGUGGGGUACCAGCUGGCCGCGGACCAGCACAAGUGCGAGGAUGUGGACGACUGCCUACAGGUGCCCAGCCCGUGCCCCCAGGUCUGUGUCAACACGCAGGGCAGCUUCGAGUGCCGCUGCCAUCCCGGCUACGACCUGGUGGACGGCGAGUGCGUCAAGGACCUGUGCCUGGGGAACCCCUGCGAGUACCAGUGCCAGCCCUUGAGGGAGACUGACUCGCCGCAGUACCGCUGCAUCUGCGCCGAGGGCUUCGCGCCCGUCCCCAACGCCCCGCACAAGUGCCAGAUGUUCUGCAACCAGACCGAAUGCCCAGCCGACUGCGACCCCAACAUCCCGGAAAGAUGCCAGUGCCCCGAGGGCUACAUUCUGGACGAGGGCUCGGUGUGCACCGACAUCGACGAAUGCUCCAGUGGCUACUGCAACAAUGCCGAUUCCUGCAACAACCUCCCUGGCACCUUUGAGUGCGUCUGCGGGCCUGGCAUGGUCAAGACUGGCAGCGACUGUGACCUUACCGCCGUGGGCGGAGGCAGAGGCGAAGGCGAAGGCGAAGGCGGAGACGGGGGCUCUGGGGAGCCUCCGGUCAGCUCGACACCGGGCGCCACCUUGAGCCCCAGGCCUGCAGGGUCUGUGCAUUCCGGCGUGCUCAUUGGCAUCUCCAUCUCCAGCUUGUGUCUGGUGGUGGCGCUUUUGGCGCUCCUCUGCCACCUGCGCAAGAAGCAAGGCUCCAUGCAGGCCGAGCUGGAGUACAAGUGCGGGGUCCCUUCCAAGGAGGUGGUGCUGCAGCACGUGGCAACAGAGCAGAUGCCUCAGAAACUCUGA